GUUUUGACUUUUGAUUGUGGAGUGGGUUUAUUCUGUAUUUUAUUAUGCAAUUUCUUGUUAAGUAACAACGGGCUAGCGAACUUAUCCGAAUUUUACAAUUCUUCUUUGAUAAGGAAUUCUUGAAUGAGGAAUAGAUGAAAAUGCAAUCAGAAGCCAUCUACAAGUUUUUAACAAAAAUCGCUUUUGUUUUGCGUUUACCUUUUCUAGGGUUUGCCAUUUCUUUAAAAUUGCUGUUAUUGUAGUUGGAAAUUUGUUUAUUCAAAUGGUGUAUAAUUGGAAGAUACAAUUUGUCAUUCUUCUUUGAAUGAUUUACAAUCAGGUUUUGCUUUAAGGUUUUCGCUGACUGUCAAUUCUUAAACUUUCAGAAGAAACACCCACUUUGAACAGGAACUCACUCUCAGCUGUGUCUGAAUUUUAAUCUGGAUGUUUCUCACAAAACUACAUUCAACGUCCCCUGUUUUCAAUCCACUCCAAGCUGUCUUCAAAUUCUUUUCGUCAUUGGGGUUUGGGGACAGAACAAUUUACAUUCUUCUGCAUUCCAUGCCACUGCUAUCGUACUUCUGGUUCGUGUUCUUCUUCGGGUUUUUUUGGUCUGGUUAUUGCUCUGGCCUUGCCUUGGGUUUCAGUCUGAUCUGGCUCGAGUGGUUCUAGGUUGGGUUCAAACUUUGACUUGGGUUUGGGUUUGGGUCUAGCUUGAGCUUGGACUUGGUUCUAGUUUGGGUCAUGAUGUGUGGAUCCUGCUUGGGUGAUUCUGGGUGUGUUCCCGCAUCGAUUGGCCUUUAACUGGGACUUACUCGGUUCUUGUUCUUGUUUUGGCUCAAAUGUUUUUUUUGUGUUUGUGUUUGUUCUGGCUAUAUUUAGGCCUUGAUUUAGAUCUUUCUGGGUUGGAUUUGUAUUAACUCUGGCUUGGUUUUGUUCUUCUGUUUUAGUCUUGGUUUGAGUCUGAAUCUUAUUUGGGUGGUUCCUGUGGGUUCAAACUUGAAUCUUGCUUUAAAUCGGUUAGGAUUUGUAUUAACUCUCUUGCUUGGUUGUUCUUCUGUUUUAGUCUUGGUUUGAGUCUGAAUCUUAUUUGGGUGGUUCCUGUGGGUUCAAACUUGAAUCUUGCUUUAAAUCGGUUAGGAUUUGUAUUAACUCUCUUGCUUGGUUGUUCUUCUGUUUUAGUCUUGGUUUGAGUCUGAAUCUUAUUUGGGUGGUUCCUGUGGGUUCAAACUUGAAUCUUGCUUUAAAUCGGUUUGGAUUUGUAUUAACUCUCUUGCUUGGUUGUUCUUCUGAUUUAGUCUUGGUUUGAGUCUGAAUCUUAUUUGGGUGGUUCGUGUUGGAUUCAAACUUGAAUCUUGCUUUAAAUCGGUUUGUAUCGAAUUUGGUUCUUUGCAAUGGAAGGUCUCUCUCUUGAUGAAUCCCAUUUGUUAAUAAUCUGAGCCCAAUCCAAUAGGACAUUAUUCACACAUACGUAUGUUAGAAACGUUUUCCUUCCAUUGGAUCUUGAAUUUUUCUUCCCAUGCUUUUUGGUUUUGAACCUGUGCAUGCGAGGACUGGUUCCUCUCUCAUCAUUGGUUUUGUUUCUUUCAAAGUCUUCAUCAAACAUUUUACUUUUGUUUUUUAAUUAGCUCUUAAAUGAAUUUAUUUUACUCUUUACAAACUGCAACUCAUAAGAGUUUAAGAGUUUAAGCUUGUUUGAUGUUGAAAUUGUUGUUGAAAUUGGUUCGUCGUCUCGGCCUAAAAACCGAUUUUAUUGGGCGGAAGGAUUUUUUGGGAAGAACAAAAAUUCUGUGAGGUAGGGGAGGAAGAAGAAGAAGAAUAAGGCGGCCAGUGAGGAAAAUUCGAGCAGGAGAGGAAUGGGUGCACCAACGAGAAUUGGCCUUGCUGGUCUUGGUGUGAUGGGUGAAAAUUUUGCCCUAAACAUUGCUGAAAAAGGAUUUCCAAUCUCUGUUUAUAACAUAACCACUCCAAGAAUUGAUGAGACUGUUGAGCGAGCUAAACGGGAAGGAAACCUUCCUGUUUAUGGUUUUAGUGAUCCUGAAGCAUUUGUUCGUUCAAUUCAAAGACCUCGUUUCAUUAUUUUACUUAUCAAGGCUGGUUCACCUGUUGAUCAAACCAUCAAAACCCUUUCUGUUUUCAUGGAUAAGGGCGACUGCAUCAUUGAUGGUGGCAAUGAAUGGUAUGAGAAUACUGAGAGGAGAGAGAGAGAAAUGGCUGAAUUGGGCAUUUCAUAUCUAGGAAUGGGUGUUUCUGGUGGAGAAGAAGGUGCUCGAUGUGGACCCUCUUUGAUGCCUGGGGGUUCUGCUGAAGCCUACAAGAAUGUCGAAGACAUUCUUCUUAAGGUUGCUGCUCAAGUUCCUGAAAGCGGACCGUGUGUUACUUACAUUGGAGAAGGAGGGUCCGGAAACUUUGUCAAGAUGGUUCACAACGGGAUUGAAUAUGGUGAUAUGCAGCUGAUUGCAGAAGCCUAUGAUGUCCUGAAAUCAGUUGGGAAGCUUUCAAAUGAGGAACUGCAAGAAGUGUUCUUGGAGUGGAAUAAGGGUGAGCUUCUUAGCUUUUUAAUUGAGAUCACUGGGGAAAUAUUCGGCAUCAAGGAUGAUAAGGGAAACGGGUUUCUAGUAGAUAAAGUUCUUGAUAAAACUGGAAUGAAGGGCACUGGAAAGUGGACAGUUCAGCAAGCUGCUGAUUUGUCCAUUGCAGCUCCCACUAUAGCUUCAUCAUUAGACUCAAGAUUCCUCAGUGGAUUGAAGGAAGAAAGGGUCGAAGCUGCCAGGAUAUUUAACUCUAUUGAGAUUGGCGACGUACUUGAAAAACAAACAGUGGACAAGAAAAGGUUAGUUGAAGAUGUGAGAAAAGCACUGUAUGCAUCCAAAAUCUGCAGCUAUGCCCAAGGAAUGAAUUUAAUCCGUGCUAAGAGCAUUGAAAAGGGAUGGAAUUUAAAACUCGGUGAAAUUGCUAGGAUUUGGAAAGGUGGAUGUAUCAUCCGUGCUGUGUUCUUAGACCGUAUUAAGAAGGCCUAUGAUAGAAGCCCGGAUCUUGCAAGUUUACUUGUGGACCCAGAGUUUGCUAAGGAAGUCAUUGAUCGACAAUCUGCCUGGCGAAGAGUUGUUUGUCUUGCAAUCAAUGCUGGCAUAAGUGCUCCUGGUAUGACCUCAAGUCUUGCAUAUUUCGACACAUACAGGAGGGAAAGUCUUCCUGCUAAUUUGGUACAGGCUCAACGGGAUUACUUUGGUGCUCACACGUAUGAGAGGAUUGAUAUGCCUGGUUCGUUCCAUACUGAAUGGUUUAAGAUAGCCAAGCAACCGAGGCGGUGAUCCUACUGCUCAUGGAGAUAGGGAUAACAGAGAGUGAAGCAAAUAAUAUUCUACUUUCAUUACUACCCUAAAUUUUUUUAUUGAUUGAUUAGCAUAAUAUCAUCAGUUGUAUCUGAUGCUAAAUUUUGAUGUCUUCCUAACCAAUCAUAUGUCUUAAUUUUCUCCUCUCGGUUAUUAUAGUCCUCUUACAAUUUAA